AUGACCGACAUUUCAUCAAUUCUCCAAGGGGGUUACAAUCACCCGACCUUGAGAUUAUGGCAGUCCGAAAGGGUCUUAAGGAAAUCUUCAUUGAUGUAUCCAAUUUUUAUAACGGAUAUAGCUGAUGCGGAAGAAGAGAUUCCUUCCUUGCCUUGUCAGAAAAGAUGGGGCAUUAAUAAACUUGAAGGGUUCCUUAAACCACUCGUGGAAAAAGGCUUGAAAUCUCUUAUUUUAUUUGGUGUCCCAACUAGCGGAAAAGAUGCGAUUGGUACGAAAGCUGAUGAUUCAAAUGGCCCGGUUAUUCUUGCAGUAAAACUUAUUCGCGAAAAAUUUCCGGGGUUGUACAUCGCCUGUGAUAUUUGUCUUUGCGAGUAUACGGACCAUGGUCACUGUGGAUAUUUAAACCAAGAUGGUACCAUCAAUAAUACUGCCAGCGUCAGACGUUUAGCCGAAGUGGCGAUCAAUUACGCCAAAGCGGGCGCUCACUGCGUGGCACCAUCGGACAUGAUGGAUGGUCGAAUCAAGGCGAUUAAGGAAUCGUUGAUUCGAGAAGGACUCGGUAAUAAAGUUGCACUGAUGAGCUAUAGCGCAAAAUUCGCGAGCGCAUUUUACGGACCAUUCAGAGAUGCCGCCAAUUCGGCUCCCCAAUUCGGUGAUCGUAAAUGCUAUCAGCUUCCACCAAAUGCUAGAGGCUUAGCGCGUCGAGCAAUUACCCGUGACCUUGGAGAGGGUGCGGAUAUCAUUAUGGUCAAACCAGGAAUGCCAUAUUUAGACAUCCUCCGUGAUGCGAAGGAAUUGGGACCGGACGUACCGCUCGCCGUUUACCAAGUUUCAGGUGAAUUCGCAAUGAUCUGGCGUUCUGCUGAAGCGAAAGUAUUUGAUCUUAAAGUCGCCGUGUUCGAGAGCAUGGAGGGUUUUGUAAGAGCCGGUGCAAAUAUAAUUCUAACCUAUUAUACUCCACAGCUUCUUGAUUGGCUGGAAGCUUAA